UUUAACCUUUCACACGCGCCCGGCUUCUUCCUCUUCCGGUUUCGGCGACAGCAGCUUCAACAUGGUGCAGCGCCUGACUUACCGUCGCAGGUUGUCCUACAACACAGCCUCAAACAAAACCAGACUGUCCCGGACGCCUGGUAACCGCAUUGUGUACCUGUACAAGAAGAAGGUUGGCAAAGCCCCCAAGUCAGCGUGCGGCAUCUGCCCGGGACGGCUGCGUGGAGUUCGUGCUGUUAGACCUCAGGUUCUGAUGCGGCUCUCUAAAACCAAAAAGCACGUCAACAGAGCUUAUGGCGGCUCCAUGUGCGCCAAGUGUGUGCGCGACAGGAUCAAGCGUGCUUUCCUGAUUGAGGAGCAGAAGAUUGUCGUCAAGGUGCUCAAGGCACAGGCACAGAGCCAGAAAUCGAAGUAAAAUCUGUAUUUGUAUUGCUCCAAUAAAAAGUGAAACAAA